AGGUCAUGUUUGUUUGGGAAAGACAGUGGUCACCGAUGUCGUGCCUUUACCUUAUCGUCCGAUAUUUUGGUCUUUUCGUUGCACUGUAUGUCGUAGUCGUCUUGUCCUUCAUUCUAUCAUUAGGGGGAGGUUUGGUGUAUAUGCCUGAAUCAGUGAGUGUAUCUAUACCUGCUAUCUUUAAGGUGUUCCUAAUUGAGAUGGUUUUAGUCGUACUCGUUCUUAUCUGGCGUCUUUACAUCCUGUGCGACCAAUCUAAACGCGUACUUUAUGUUCUGGUGGGGCUGUUCUUGCCUAUUGUCGCCCUCUCCAUAGGGAUGGACAUCUUUUUAUAUAGUCGACCCUCAGCGUUCUCAGUGAAAGAAGUAAUCACUGCGAACGUCAAGUACUGCGCCCCUUCCUUCAACAUAGGACCUAUGCCUGCGAUAUAUGCCUCCAUCCCCAUCAUUUGCUAUGAUAUUUUCCUAGUUGUUCUCUCAGCUUCCUUCCUUGUGAAACACCUAAAAGAACGGAAGGAAAUCAAAAUGAGGCCCAAUAUCUAUGUACUACUAAUUGUUCGAUGUCAUAUCAUAUACUUCGUCCUGAAUCUGGCAAACCAAGUCUUCUUGGACAUAUUAUGGGCUAGCAUUCCGACACCGGUGAUGAGUCUCGCAGAGCUCUUCAACGAUACCGCACCAUUCAUUUGCGCGCCGCGUCUUAUCAUAAGUAUUUGGGAUACGCAUGCCAACGAAAACUGCGUACAGGUCAGUACGGCGUUCGAAGAUUGUGUAUGUUGGACUUCGCAUCCACAGCACGAGAUCUCGUUCGAAUGAUUUGGCAUAGCGGUUACAACAUCAGGAUCAAGUCAGGAUCGAUGUAGAACGAGGUGUGCAGGCAUGCUAAAAGUGUUCAGUCUCAGGCCCUGGCGGGGUUCCUGAUUUUCCAAGGGUAGAUCAGGGCCAAUUUUUUCUGUAAAUCCGUGCACUAUCUGAUAGUGCAACAUAGCAUAAUUUAUCAUAGAGGACUAAAUACACUCAUGGCCCAUGGCCCAUGGCUCAUGACUCCCUCUCCCUCCACCUCGUAAGAUGUCACGGUUGACGC